AUGUCGAUUCUCGAGAAGCGCACGCUGACCGAUCCCGCGCAGAAUCCCACCGCAAAGCAAUUCAAACACAUUCUCGUUGAUACACCGGGACAGAUUGAAGUAUUUGUGUGGAGCGCUUCAGGGAGCAUUCUGCUGGAGUCGCUGGCAUCGUCGUUUCCGACCGUGAUUGCAUAUGUGAUUGACACGCCUCGAACGAGUUCUACCAGCACGUUCAUGAGCAAUAUGCUGUAUGCGUGCAGUAUCCUUUACAAGACCAAGCUGCCCAUGAUUCUAGUGUUCAACAAAACGGACGUCAAAGAUGCGGAGUUUGCAAAGGAGUGGAUGACUGAUUUUGAGGCGUUCCAGGCCGCGCUUCGGGAGGAAGAAGAGGCCGGAGCGUUUGGCGGCGCUGAAGGCGGAGCGGGCGGAAUGGGAGGUGGGAGUGGAUACAUGGGUUCUUAUUUAAACAGCAUGAGCCUGAUGCUUGAAGAGUUUUAUCGGCAUCUUAGUGUGGUUGGGGUUAGCUCGAUGACGGGCCAGGGAAUCGAUGAGUUCUUUGAAGCUGUCGAAGAGAAGAGGAAAGAAUUCGAGCAAGAUUACAAACCGGAACUGGAUAAGAAGAGGGCUGAAAGGGAAAAGGAAAAGGAAUCGAGAAGGGAGGUCGAGUUGGGAAAGCUCUUGCAGGAUAUGAACGUCUCUACGCGAACGAAAAAAGACGAGCCGGAAACAGUGUCAGAUGCCGAAGAAGAGAGCGACACAGAUGAGGACGAUGCGCAAGCAGGUCAAGCUGACCGACGGGACGAUGUCGGGCUAUCACAGAGAUACAAGACGGCUCUUGCGGACACGUCAGAGACGGGACAAGAGGACAGUUUUACGAGAUAUAUACGGUCGAGCAACGUGUAA